CGGAAAAAGAAAAUUAUGAAAAUUCUCGGUUAUUUCGCUUUUUAAGGAGCAUUGUUCCUUCAUUAUCGUUCCCUUUCUUCUUGCGAAGUAGUUGAGAUCAUGCGGACGAAAAUGCAAAAGCAAAUCUUUUAUCAUCUGAUUUGCUUCGAUUUAUAAUAAAAUCAGUUACAACAAAGCUCGCAAUACAUCAGAUUUGUAUCAAUGUCCACGAUGUCUGCAUCAUCAUCUAUGGAUGAACGUAUGUUGAAGGGAAUACGGAAGGUAGUACCAAGUUUGAUCAAUACCAAGUACAAGGGUCAAGACGGCAGAAUUGGAAUCUUUGGUGGUAGCACCGAAUACACAGGAGCACCGUAUUUUGCAGCCAUGAGUGCGCUAAGAACCGGCGCUGAUCUUGUUCAUGUAUUUUGCGUAAAGGAUGCUAGCAUUCCUAUCAAGUCAUUCAGUCCAGAGCCGAUAGUUCAUCCAGUUCUGGACCAUCAGGAUGCGAUAAAACAAAUAAAACCCUGGCUUGAUCGUCUGCAUGUUAUUUUGAUUGGACCUGGACUUGGCAGAGAUGAGAAGAUAUUCAAAACAAUCGUUGAAUUGAUAACGAUCUGUCGAGAGACAAGGAAGCCUCUGAUUAUCGACGCUGACGGUUUGUUCCUGGUCUGUCAGAAGCCGGAAAUCAUAAAGGAUUAUCCUGGAGUUAUCCUAACACCUAACGCAAUGGAGUUUAGUCGUUUGAUCAAAGCAGUACUGGACAGGACUGUCCCACCUACUCCUGUAGUUAAAGUUUCCGACGUGAAGCACGUAGCAGAAACUCUUGGGAAAAAUGUCAUAAUUUUACAUAAGGGAGCAAAGGAUGUGAUUGUAGAUGGUCACAAAGGCACCGAGACUGUAUCGUGUGCAUUGGCUGGUUCUGGAAGGAGAUGUGGUGGACAGGGAGAUCUCUUAUCUGGUUCAUUAGGAGUAUUUUGGUGGUGGGCUAUCUCUGCAGGAACUAGCGAAUGUGCCUUGUCUCCUUCAAUAGUAGCGUGUUACGCCGCAUCAAGAUUAAUUCGAGAAUCCAACGCGUCAGCCUUUAAAAUAAAACAGAGGGCAAUGUUGACUUCGGAUAUGCUGGAACAGAUACAGCCGAUUUUCAGCAAGAUCUUUGAAACUCAUUGCGACAAAACUUCCUCGUUUAUUGGAAGAGGUCGAACUCGAAGUAUUGAUUCUUGAAGCAUAUACAUUUAUAUAUAAUAUACAAA